UUUUCCCGCAACAGGAGCAACUUCCUCAAAACGUCAGCAUAUAAAGAGGUCGUCCACUAACCCAGUUUCAUACCAGCAUCCAUCUUUUGUUCUGAACUUCUGGAAAUCAUCCAGGGCAUAAUGUAUGCGUUUGGUGGAAUCACCCUACUCGUGGUGGUGUGGUGUGGACUAGCUCACACUUUGGAGAAUCUCACACUGGAUGAGGCAUGGGAGAGCUGGAAACUCACCCACAAGAGGGAGUACAAUGGCCUGGAUGAAGAGUCUAUUCGACGGGCGAUUUGGGAGAAGAAUAUGCUGUUUAUUGAAGCCCAUAACAAAGAGUACGAACUGGGGAUUCAUACCUAUAAUCUGGGCAUGAACCAUUUUGGAGAUAUGACACUAGAAGAGGUGGCAGAGAAAGUCAUGGGACUUCAAAUGCCCAUGUACCAGGACCCAACUAACACAUAUUUGCCUGAUGACACGGUGGAGAAGUUGCCCAAAUCAAUUGACUACCGUAAACUGGGAUACGUCACUUCUGUCAAGAACCAAGGUUCAUGUGGCUCAUGCUGGGCCUUUAGCUCUGUUGGGGCUUUGGAAGGUCAGCUGAAGAAGACCAAAGGUCAGCUGGUGGACCUCAGUCCUCAGAACCUGGUGGACUGUGUGACUGACAAUGAUGGCUGUGGUGGAGGAUAUAUGACAAAUGCCUUCAAAUACGUCAGAGACAACCAAGGCAUUGAUUCAGAGGAGAGCUACCCCUAUGUUGGAAUGGACCAGCAGUGUGCCUACAACAGCUCAGCGAAAGCGGCCACUUGUAAAAGUUAUAAAGAGAUUCCUCAGGGUAAUGAGAGGGCACUGACUUCCGCUGUGGCAAAGGUGGGACCUGUGUCAGUGGGUAUAGAUGCCAUGCAGUCCACCUUCCUGUACUACAAAAGCGGUGUGUACUAUGAUCCCAACUGCAACAAGGACGACGUCAACCAUGCAGUUCUAGCUGUUGGCUACGGAGCCACACCGAAAGGCAAAAAGUACUGGAUUGUGAAGAACAGUUGGGGUGAAGAUUGGGGGAAGAAGGGGUACGUCCUGAUGGCUCGUAACCGUAACAAUGCAUGUGGCAUUGCCAGCCUGGCCAGUUUCCCUGUCAUGUGAGAGCUGGAAGUAGGGAGCACACAUGGGACCAAACUUGUCUGCUGCUGACCAAUAACAAAAGGGACUCAAUCAGUGUGCUCAGAGGCGUCAUGCCCAUUCAAAGUGAGGGGGCACGUGCCCCCUCAGAUUUUUAAGCCAAGUGGAUU